CAGGUGACCCGGAAGUUCAAGCCACCGGCCGGUGAUUAGAGUCCGAACAUUCUAUAAUUUAUUUUUAAAUAGGCACUUGUCCAGUUUUCAGUCACUGAAGCCUUACACCGUGUGGCCUGUGUUGCUUGAAUUUAAACGCACUAAGAAUGCGUUUACCUAUUUCUUUUGGAAACGUGUUCCGGAAACGAAACCCUGACUGACUAAUCGGAAGUGACUAGUGUAGAGCGAGAAGUGGAGGUCAGGGAGACCGGGGCGGGGCGGGGCGGCUCGGGAUGGGAAGGGACUGUCCCGCGGAGGCAGCCCGGUGAUUGCGAGCCGCGGACCCGGGACGGGGCAGCCCCCUGGACCAGGAAGAGUGAGGAUCUCCGAGGUUUUGCAGUAGAAGUCUUGGGGUGCAUUUUUGUUAGUUGAAAAAAUGACUACUCUUGAGAGUUUAGAAACUAAAGCCGCCCUGGCUCCGGCCCCGGUCCGAGGAGCGGGAGAUGGCAUGGAAACCGAGGAGCCCCCUCCCUCUGUGGAGGCCCCCGCGGGAGCCCCACCGGCACAACCUCCCACCCUCCGGAGUCCGCGGAAGAAAGCCCUCCUGAGCCCACAGAAGAAAGCGGCCGAGAGCCCAGGCGUCCUUCAGCUGGGCAAGGUGCUGGCCGACAGGGCGGUGGAGGUGGAGGCCGUGAGGAUAGUGGUCCCCAAGGCCGCCAUCACCCACGCCGUGCCCCGCAGCGGCCCCAAGGCCCAGGGGCGUCGGAAGGGGGAGCGCCUGGGCCGGUCGGACGGGGGCGCAGAGCCCAGCGAGGGGCUCGCGGAGCUGAAGAAGCUCAGGAGCUCGGAGCGGAGGCUGCUCCAGGACAAGGAAGGCCUUUCCAACCAGCUGCGGGUGCAGACGGAGGUCAAUCGCGAGCUCAAGAAGCUGCUGGUGGCCUCCGUCGGGGAUGACCUCCAGUACCACUUCGAGCGUCUGGCCCGCGAGAAGAACCAGCUCACCUUAGAGAACGAGGCCCUGGCUCAGAACGCGGCCCAGCUGGCGGAGCAGCUGGAGCGCAUGUCCAUCCAGUGCGACGUGUGGCGGAGCAAGUUCCUCGCCAGCAGGGUCAUGGCCGACGAGCUGACCGGCGCCAGAGCAGCCCUGCAGCGCCAGCAGCGCGAGGCCCAGGGCGCUGUGCGCGACCUCCUGAGCGAGCGGGAGCAGUUCCGCCAGGAAAUGAGAGCCACCCAGAGGCUGCUGGAGGAGCUGCUGGUCUCCCUGCAGUGGGGGCGGGAGCAGACCUACUACCCCAGCGCGCAGCCUCACAGCACGGCGGAACUGGCACUCGCGAACCACAAGCUGGCCAAAGCGGUGAAUUCUCAUCUCCUGGGAAAUGUCGGAACGAACACUCAGAAAAAGGCUCCGCCGACAGUUGAAUUCUGCAGCAGCCCGGCAGAAAAAAUGGCUGAAAAGGUUCUGCGCAAUCUGGACCCCGUUGCCUGCCCAGAAAGCCCACCUGAUCAUCCAUUUUCUGAGUCUUCACCCGCCACCUUACUCACCGCAAAGAAAAAUAUCGGGCGGUUUCACCCCUACACUCGGUACGAAAACAUCACCUUCAACUGCUGCAACCGCUGCCAGGGGGAGCUGCUCGUCCUGUAGGGGCGCGGGCGGGCGGCGGCCUGCUGCGAGCACCGCCUG